ACUGGAUCUCGACCAGAUGGAAUUCUGCGCUCCCUUCUUUACGGAUCCCUCACGUUUUGCAUUGUAUCGCAGACAUUUUUAGCAGACUUUUAGUGGUCAACAAACAGCCCUGGUGUGAACACAGAGUCUUUACUUUCAGGCUCGGCUGCGCUGUGAACCGGGACUGGAGCGGUCAGGACGUUUAAAAGACACCAAACAUCUUCUCGCUGUCUCGAGGCGUUAACGGGUGUCCGUCAUGCCGCUGUUUGGUAAAUCCCACAAGAGUCCCACAGACAUUAUCAAGACCCUGAAGGAAAACCUGGCCAUCCUGGUCAAACAUGACAAGAAGACAGACAAGGCGUCUGAGGAGGUGUCGAAGUGCUUGGUGUUGAUGAAGGAGAUUCUGUACGGCAGCAACGACAAGGAGCCGCACACCGAGACCGUGGCCCAGCUCGCACAGGAGCUGUACAACAACGGCUUGCUGAUUGCGCUGGUGGAAAACCUGCAGUAUAUAGAAUUUGAGGGCAAGAAGGAUGUUUGUCAGAUCUUUAACAACAUCCUGAGGAGGCAGAUCGGAGCGAGGAGCCCCACUGUUGAAUACUUGUGCUCCCACCAAGAGGUCCUCUUCAUCCUGCUGAGAGGAUACGAAACCCCCCAGAUAGCGCUGAACUGCGGCAUCAUGCUGAGGGAAUGUAUUCGCUACGAGCCACUCGCCAGGAUAGUUCUCUAUUCCGAACAUUUCCACAGCUUCUUCAGCUAUGUGGAAAUGUCCACAUUUGACAUUGCUUCUGACGCCUUUGCGACCUUUAAGGAUCUCCUUACAAGACACAAAGCGGUUGUGGCUGAAUUCCUCGAAAAGAACUACGAUGCUGUGUUUGCUAACUAUGAGAAGCUGCUGCACUCUGAGAACUACGUCACAAAGCGGCAGUCGCUUAAGCUCCUGGGCGAGCUGCUAUUGGACAGACACAACUUCACGGUGAUGACAUACUACAUCAGCAAGCCUGAAAACCUCAAGCUAAUGAUGAAUCUGCUCAGAGACAAGAGUUCCAACAUUCAGUUUGAGGCCUUCCACGUGUUUAAGGUGUUUGUAGCGAACCCCAACAAGACGCAGCCCAUUGCCGACAUCCUGCUGAAGAACCAGACCAAACUAAUUGACUUCUUAAGCAACUUCCAGAAGGACCGCACAGACGACGAGCAGUUCAACGACGAGAAGACGUACCUUAUCAAACAGAUCAGGGAUCUGAAAAAACCAGCCUCCUAGAAGAGCCACCCGAUCCCACCCAACUUUUUAUUAAUAGGAAGGCGUAGAAAAUAGAAAAAAACAACAACAAAAAACACAUUAACAAUAAUGGUUGUACUAUUUAAAAAGAUUAUUUCUGUUUGUUGGUAAAAGUAGCUCAUAAUCGAUGAUCUAACUUUUGUAAAUUAAUUUUUUUUAUUUAGAAUUUUUUUUUCUUUCAUGUGUAGCAUGUAGCUCAAUGUGUUGGAAGCAUCUGAUUUGCUUUGUUAAACAAACCAGCAGGGGGAAAAAAAAAAGACGGCUCGGGCCAAAAUGCUUUCUCCUUCCGCCGCUUUUUAAAAGUGAAAUUUGCAAUCAUGUGAAGUUGCUGCGAAUUGCCAAAAUCUCGAAAGAUGUUUUUUUUUUUUUUCUGACAAAGAGAUUCUUGAGGGAAGAUGGAAGAUGUUGGUGGAGUAUGGAGUGAAAAUAGUCUCAAAAUACCUGUGCGUGUGUAAUACUGGAUUUGUAAUCCGUGUAAGCAUCUUUGUGUGUAACUUUGGAGAGUUGUAUCUGUGAAACAUGAUUUGUAAACCGUAAAAAGAAAAUUUGAUAAAUAUGAAUUCAAACCGUUUAUGCCUACAAAUGUUAAAUGGGUCCGGACGAGUCUCCUGAUGCACACAGACAAAACUGCAUUUACGCGCAGAUCCGGCUAUGACUGCACAAGGAUUUUUGAGACUCAUUUCACGUUUCAGAGAGCUUCAAAUUUGUGCGUAAGUGGUGCGUUUAAAUGCUGGUGGAAAGCUGGGUUAUAUGGGUUUUGCUCGGAGUCUAUUGUUUUCAUCCUCUGAACGUUUGUCACUGUGAUUGUGCCAAAGUGGCAAUGACGUUACUUCGUUGCAAAACGGAAUAUUUCAGUACUUCUUUAUCCACCUUAUUCCUAGCCUCCAUGAGGUUUCUGCUUAUUUCCAAGCCCAAAUAAGCAAGUUCUCGUUCAAAAACGAGCCCAAAAGCGCAACCGCAACUCAUUAAAUUUGCUAGCGACUUUAGAAAAAAAGCCCAAAGUCGCUUUUAAUAAUCGGGUUUGGCGACCGAAACUCAAAAUAGUUCCUGUUUUUUUAGCAACAAAAUGCGCACCUUCCUCCUCCCUCCAAUGUUUACAUUUGCUGAAAACUGAUCGCUCCCAAGACGCACAGAGGAAAUAAAAUUAAACUGCAAAAGAAAAUAGUAACGCAAAGUGGUUUCGAUAAGUAACUGUAGUCUGACUACUGGAUUUGAAAUAGCAACGCGUUAGAUUACUCGUUACUGGAAAAAAAAAAUGGUUCGACGUCAGUAACGCCUUACUGACGUCACUGGCAGCCACAAAACUAAACUUGGUCUGACUAUUGGAGUACAACCACGAACAGCACAACAGUUGUCCGAAAAAAGCCUCUCAGGAAUAAGGUGGAUAAUACUCCAGAAUUGUUUAUAGACAUAUUGUGCAUUUUUGAGCGGUACAGAUGAGAUUACAUUGUUUAAAAUAUAUUGUUAAUCUCUUUAUGUUGAAUAAAUACAAAAUAUUACUUAUUUAA